AUGGAAGCAGAUGGCAUGGUAACACAGGCAGCACCAGGACUGCCGCCGGGAUUCAGAUUCCAUCCCACCGAUGAGGAGAUCAUCAUUCACUACCUGCUCAAGAAGGUGAUGGACACCCGGUUUGCACCCUUGGCCAUAGCUGAAGCCCAUCUCAAUAAGUGUGAGCCCUGGGAUUUGCCAAAGACGGCAAAGAGGGGAGAAAAAGAGUGGUAUUUCUUUUGGCAGAGAGACAGAAAGUACCCAACAGGCAUGAGAACUAAUAGGGCAACAGAGUCAGGAUACUGGAAGGCUACUGGCAAAGAUAAGGAGAUUCACAAGGGAAGAAACAGUUGCCUUGUUGGGAUGAAAAAGACUCUGGUUUUCUACAUAGGGAGAGCUCCUAAAGGCCAGAAAACCAAUUGGAUCAUGCAUGAAUACAGAUUGGAGGGCGACUUUUCUAAUUUCAACUUAUCUAUUUCUGCAAAGGAAGAAUGGGUUGUCUGUAGAGUUUUCCACAAGCACAAAGGAAUCAGAACAGAUCCAGCACAUGUAGAACUAGCAAGAAAGACUACGCUGGAUAGCCCUACACUGCCACCAUUGACAGAGUAUAACUUCACCAAGGAAAGACCUAAUUCAAGUUUUGCAACUCAUGAACAUGAACCGGAACCACAUAUUUCCUCACCAAGAUUGAUGUUCAUAAACCCUAAAUCACAAAUAUUGCAAAAUGACCACAACCCAUACUUUUCUAGUCCCCAUAAUCAGGAACCAAACCCCAUUUUCUGCCCUCAGAUUGUUGACUCCAAUUCAAUGGUUCCUCAUCAUUCAUCACCAUCUCUUGUUUACCAGCUCCUAGAUGAGUUCAUCAGUACUUCGACGAUCUUGGCAGACUUUCCCUUCAAAGGAGCAGAUUAUCAAGUAAAUCUAAGGAUUCCUGCACCUGAUGCAGGUACGAAGGGGCCUGAGAAGUUGAGUAAAAUGAAGCAUUUUACACCUAACAACUCCAUAGCUUGCCAUCAAGACAGUGGACUUAUCUCUGAAAUGGCCACUGAGACAACCCCUUUUCAGUCCCAGCUGGGAGACAUUGAUGAAAGCAAGAACCCAUUCGAUCAAGAACGCGAGGAAGAUCUCUCUUUCAGUCCCAAUAUUUCAGAUUUGGAUUCUUUGUGGAGAUAUUAAUAUAUAUGAAGCAUGAUAUAAACUAAUUUGCUUCACAUCAGUAUAGACCUCUCUGCCUGUAUGCCAGUA